AGCGGCUCCUGUCAGCGGGUGAAAUGGCAGUGGCGGAGCCGGCGACGGCCGCGGUCCCCGGGGGUGGCUGAUUGAAAGGGGGGCCGGGCCGUGGGGUUUGCGGGACCCUGGAGCAGACGUGACCGCGGGUAGGGGCAUCGGACGACGCAGCGCAGGGACAGCGAGGCUCGGCGCGGCGAUGGCGGCGCUCUCGGCGCAGACAGAGCUAUAACCUGGCAUCCCCCUGGCCGAUGAGCCUGCCCACCAUGGCAAGCCCCACUCUGAGCCCGGACUCCUCAUCUCAGGAGGCCCUGUCAGCACCCACCUGCUCCCCAACCUCUGACUCCGAGAAUCUCAGCCCAGAUGAGCUAGAACUACUGGCCAAGCUCGAGGAGCAGAACCGGCUCCUGGAAGCCGACUCCAAGUCCAUGCGCUCCAUGAAUGGCUCCCGGAGGAACAGUGGCUCCUCACUGGUAUCCAGCUCCUCAGCCUCCUCCAACCUGAGCCACCUGGAGGAGGACACAUGGAUUCUCUGGGGCCGCAUUGCCAACGAGUGGGAGGAGUGGCGGCGCAGGAAGGAAAAGCUACUCAAGGAGCUGAUCCGAAAGGGCAUCCCACACCACUUUCGGGCCAUCGUUUGGCAGCUCCUGUGCAGUGCCACAGAUAUGCCAGUCAAAAACCAGUACUCUGAACUCCUCAAGAUGUCCUCACCAUGUGAGAAGCUGAUCCGAAGGGAUAUUGCCCGCACCUACCCAGAACAUGAAUUCUUCAAAGGCCAGGACAGCCUGGGCCAGGAAGUCCUCUUCAAUGUCAUGAAGGCAUACUCCCUGGUUGAUCGGGAGGUGGGUUACUGCCAGGGCAGUGCCUUCAUUGUGGGCUUACUCCUCAUGCAGAUGCCUGAGGAAGAGGCCUUCUGUGUGUUCGUGCGGCUGAUGCAGGAGUACCGGCUACGGGAGCUCUUCAAGCCCAGCAUGGCCGAGCUGGGACUCUGUAUCUACCAGUUCGAAUACAUGCUACAGGAGCAGCUUCCGGACCUGAAUACCCACUUCCGCUCACAGAGCUUCCACACAUCCAUGUAUGCAUCCUCAUGGUUCCUCACGCUUUUCCUUACCACCUUCCCUCUGCCUGUUGCCACCCGGGUCUUUGACAUCUUUAUGUAUGAGGGACUGGAGAUUGUGUUCCGAGUAGGCCUUGCCCUGCUGCAAGUGAACCAGACAGAGCUGAUGCAACUGGACAUGGAGGGCAUGUCCCAGUACUUCCAGAGAGUGAUCCCCCACCAGUUUGACAGCUGCCCAGACAAGCUGGUCCUCAAGGCUUAUCAGGUCAAGUACAACCCUAAGAAGAUGAAGAGGCUGGAGAAGGAGUACGCAGCUAUGAAGAGUAAAGAGAUGGAAGAGCAGAUCGAGAUCAAAGUGAGUGCCAGAGGCGAGAGCGCGGCCUUGGCUGAUAGGUUAAUCCAGGGGCAGGUGACACGGGCACAGGAGGCUGAGGAGAACUAUGUCAUCAAACGGGAGUUGGCAGUAGUGAGACAACAGUGUAGCUCCACCGCAGAGGACCUUCAGAAAGCACAGAGUACCAUUCGGCAGUUGCAAGAACAGCAGGAAAACCCUCGCCUCACAGAGGACUUUGUGGCCCACCUGGAGACAGAACUGGAGCAGUCACGGCUAAGGGAGACAGAGACUCUGGGGGCCCUUCGAGAAAUGCAGGACAAAGUUCUGGACAUGGAAAAGAGGAACAGCUCACUGCCAGAUGAGAACAAUGUAGCCAGGCUGCAGGAGGAACUCAAGGCACUCAAGGUGCGGGAGGGNGAGGCCGUAGCCUCUGCGCGAGAGCUAAAGCUGCAGCUGCAGGAGCUCUCAGACACCUGGCAGGCCCAUCUUUCCCGCGGUGGCCGCUGGAAGGAAUCCCCGCGGAAGCUGGUCCUGGGCGAGUUACAGGACGAGCUCAUGACUGUGCGUUUGCGCGAGGCACAGGCCCUGGCCGAUGGCCGCGAAUGGCGGCAGCGCGUGGUGGAACUGGAGACGCAGGACAACAUCCACCGCAACCUGCUGAACCGUGUGGAGGCGGAACGCGCGGCCCUGCAGGAAAAGUUGCAGUACCUGGCAGCACAGAACAAGGGACUCCAGACUCAGCUCAGCGAAAGCCGCCGCAAGCAGGCAGAGGCUGAGUGCAAGAGUAAGGAGGAGGUGAUGGCUGUGCGCCUUCGGGAGGCAGACAGCAUGGCUGCAGUGGCGGAGAUGAGGCAGCGCAUCGCAGAGCUGGAGAUCCAGAGGGAGGAGGGCCGCAUCCAGGGCCAGCUGAACCACUCGGAUUCAUCGCAGUACAUCCGUGAGCUGAAGGACCAGAUCGAGGAGCUGAAGACUGAGGUGCGGUUGCUGAAAGGGCCACCGACAUUCGAGGACCCGCUGGCUUUCGAUGGGCUGAGCCUAACGCGGCACCUGGAUGAGGAUUCGCUACCAUCUUCUGAUGAGGAGCUGCUGGGCGUGGGCGUGGGCGCAGCCCUGCAGGACCCACUCUACCCUCUCUCUCCCCGGGACGCACGCUUCUUCAGAAGCCUGGAUCGACCAGCCAAGGACAGCGAAGGUAGCUCGGACAGCGACGCAGAUGAACUAGCCACGCCUUACAGCAACCAGGGCCUGGACAACUGAAGCCNGGGGCCCACUCACGGGGAGCCUGGAGGCCCGCAUUGCUGGCAGGAGAGAUCAGCAGUCCGCGACCUUGCUGCUCCACAGUACUAAGGAAUUCUGUGCCUCUGUAACUCCUGCCAACUGAGGGCCAGGUGGAGGAGGCAGCACAGAGGGCAGGGCCUACCGGCAGGCCUGGCCUACAUAGCAGUGUUUACCCGUGUUAGACCAUAUCGUCCAAGCCCUCCUGAGUUCAAGGGGUGCGUGGGCCAGUUACCUGGAGAGGGUUGCUCUCCUAACAUGGACAAGGGCCGAAAGUGGGGAGGUCCCAGGACUUGUUAAUAAGAAGCGUCCUCCUCCUAGUCAGCUUCCCUUUGGGACAAGGGUGGCCCUGCUGGGUUGGGCCCAGGAACUACAGGUCUGAGGAAGGAGGGGCAACUGGGACUGGAUAUUAGCACCCCAGCACAGGUUCUCUGGACACAGUGAUAUUGAGCAGCCAGCCCCUUGCCACUGGGGACAGAUGGCCAGGCUGGACUUUUCUGCCUGGUGCAGGCAUCAUGGUCCCUGCAGCAGAAACCAAAGCCCCCUCCCAUCCUGUCUGCAGGACCACCUGGGGUGUGAGCGGUCAGGGGGAACCAGCUCAGGCCUGGACAGUCUCUCCCCACUCUCUAGGGCUAUAGAAACUGCAAAGAAGAAACCCUUUCCCUAGAGCACCCAUCUCCCUCUGGGGAGUAGUAAUAUCACACGUGUUGGCUGGCUGUAGAAGAGAACCCCGCUCCUUGGGAGUUCUCAGCCUCAGUUCACUUAUUCCUGAGGACUUAUUCCACUUAUUCUGGCUAGAGUGUCCCAGUCCAUUCCCUCCCCUUAUCUCCUCGAAGUGUUCCCAUGGUCUCUGCCCAGUCAGAGUUGAGAAUGGUGCCAAAGUCCAUCAAUGCUCCCCAGGCUCCUUUAUCCUUCACAUCCCCACUGCCCGCAUCUUGGGACCCCUGGGGGCUGACCCCUUCUCAGUACUCCUAGAGCCUCAGGUAGAAUGGUUCCCACAGCAUUCCCUGGGUGCUUCCUGGGUGGGGCCCCCAGCUCAGUUUCCAUUCCUGGUGGCCCACUCUUCAAGUGUUAAAAAAAAAAAAAAGCCUGGGGGCUGGAGCAGGGUACCCCUGAGGAGGCCCUCUCGUGUGCUCCUCCUGUGCCCUUCCACACUGCCCACCACCAUUUUGCACACUGCCUGUUCACACUCCAUGUCUCCAAGGCAGAAAAGAUGGAAAAUAAAGUGUAUUUACACAGUCC